AUGCCUAUCAACACGCUCAAGGGCAACUGGCAACGCCUUGUCAAGAACGACCGUCUCAAACGCUCAUCCCAGGUACUCUCAGUCGUGAACAACCAAGCCUGCAUAUUCGGUGGAGAAGUACAGCCUCGCCAGCCUGUCGACGACAAAAUAGAUGUUCUUUCGCUCAAUGCUGAUUCACCAGACCAUGAGACAAAGAGCUUGAGCGAGGCACCAAGCCCUCGUGUCGGCACCGCAUCUGCCGUCAUCAAUGACUCACUCUAUCUUUUCUCCGGUCGCGGCGGUGUUGAUAUGGCACCGGUAGAGGAGAACGGCGCAGUAUGGAAAUACACACCUUCCUCACAGUCCUGGGAUAAGCUCUCACCGUCCGAUACCUCAGCCUCCUAUCCACCAGCUCGAAGCUAUCAUAGCUCGGCUUCAGACGGAAACUCCACCUUCUAUGUCCACGCAGGGUGUCCAACCUCAGGUCGUCUGUCCGAUCUCUGGGCCUUUGAUGUCGAGAAGAAGGAGUGGAAGCAGCUAUCCGAUGCGCCUGCGCCGCAUAGAGGAGGCACUAGUAUCGCCUACAGCAACGGGAAGCUGUACCGCAUGAACGGGUUCGACGGCACUACCGAAGUCGGCGGGAGUGUCGACAUCUUCGACGUUAGCGCGAACAAAUGGAGCACAAAGUCUUUCAUUGCGGAUGGUAACGACGGCCCUGAGGCACGCAGCGUAUGCACUUUACUCCCUGUCCAGCUCGGCAGGAAACAAAAGUUGCUCACGUUGUUUGGCGAGCGCGAUCCAUCAAGCCAGGGGCAUGCUGGGGCAGGGAAAAUGUUGGGCGACGUGUGGAUAUACGACAUCAGGGAAGAGUGGUGGACGAAACUGGAGCCCAACAGCGGUGAUGAUGGAACGCCAGCCAAUAGAGGCUGGUUCGAUGCUGACGUUGUAAAGGGGCAUGGUAUGGGAAACGACAGUAUUGUGGUACACGGAGGACUUGGAGAGAACAAUGAGAGGUUGGACGAUGUUUGGUUAUUGAAAUUCUAG